AUGGGAACUUACUUAGGAAAGAACUUUUUAUAUUGUGAGCUACAGAAGGGAAUUAAGGAAGUUUUGGAAGAGCUUUCUAUCAAGAGAGAUGAAUGCCACAUUAAAAACCCACCUUUAGUGGCCCUGGAAAGGAUUUGGAGCAUUAAAAAGAAUCUCCUAGUGGGAGGUGUAGAGCUAGGACUACUGGGCAGAAACAGUUUGCUGCCACAAGCCAAGUGCUAUCCGAGGCAAGGAGGACUGAUGAGAUAAGAUGAACAGAAUAUCUCAUUGAAAAGCAC